UUCGUUUGAUGUUAAAAUCAGUUGAAAAUUCGAGACUAUUCCUUUAACAAUAUUUAUCAAAAAUUUAUUAUUUUAAUUGGACAUGGGAUUGUUUAAAAGUGCUCUACUCACAUUGAAGGAUUAUUGUUUGAACAGCACUCUCGCUGGUCUUAGUUAUAUCGGUGAUUCUAGGUAUCAUGUAACCGAGAGAAUAUUUUGGCUGAUUUUCUUUGUGCUGGCAAUUUUGGGAUCUCAUCAUUUAAUUAUGGAUGCUAUUCAAGAACAUGAAGGUAGUUCCAUCAGUAUGGUCGUGGAAAGCUUACGCCCGUUAGACCAAACGGAUUUUGUUUCGGUGGCAUUAUGUGAAAUGGGACACACAAAACAAUCGUAUAAAAAUCUAGACACCAUCAUGAAACAGAUUCAAGUGUCCGAUAAUGACGACGAUUAUAGCUACGACGUUGAGGACUUUUUAUUAAGAAUUAUUUUCCACAAUUUGUACAAUUUCGGUUCGAUUGUUUCGUAUUGCCAGCCAUACGUGGAUUGCACAACGGAAUGCACCAAAUGUCCGGAAAAUAAUUACGAACAAUUUGCGAUGAAGGUCAGGGCUAACUGCACUGAACUGGUUACUCAAUGUGCCUGGAAUGACCAAGUUUUCGAUUGUUGUAAGUAUUUUCAACCACUUAAAACAACCCUUGGAACGUGCUUCUUGAUCAAUUCGAGGCAACUAACACCAAAGGACGGACCAAAUUGGCUGAACACUAAAAUGGACUUGAGAACUGGGCCAGGUUCAAUGAGAUUGGAAUUUUCGAAAGCCGUUUCGCUAUUUAUUAUUAAUGAAGAAGAUAUACCACACAUGCUUUUAACAACACUACAAUUCAACCAACAACACGAAGGAACGGAGGUCGAGAUAUUGCUUAGUCUGCAAAAUGUUAUAAAUGACAAGGGUGUACAAGCCAUUGAUCGAAACACGAGAAAGUGUAUAUUCCCCAGCGAGCAAUUUAAAUCGUCCUAUAAAUACUACAGCUAUAGUACAUGUGUUACGGAAUGUUUAAAGGACGCCCAGCUGAAAGUUUGCAAUUGUACCCACCACAACAUGAUUUACGAUAAGAACGAUUUAACUCCAGUGUGUGACUACAAUGGCUUGGUAUGCUUGGACAAUGCCGAUUUGAUAUUUCCGCAAACAACGAUUAUGCAGCCGUGGCGUACAAACGGUUUAGUUUGCUCAUGCUUGCCAUCGUGUAGCGAACAUGAGGUGAAAAUGGUUGGCAAGUAUCAAAGACCUAUACCUGAAAUGACAAGGAAAGCUGUAAUUACAUUACAAGAUUUGCCUACCCAGAGGUAUCGACGACAGGCGGUCAAAGACGAUCUCGACAUAGUGGUUUCAGUGGGCGGUAUUCUCAGUCUGUUUCUAGGCGCUAGCAUACUGAGCGGAGUUGAAUUUAUUUACUUUUUCACCAUUCGACUAAUUGGCACAUCGUGGAUGAAGAGAAGGAACCAGAGAUGGGAAUAAUGAAGAAUUCAAAUCAAUUUCUUGUUUAACCUUGUUUAAGCAAUUUAACAUCAUUUUACUUCAGUCAAAUAUAGAUCUAU